GUUUAUCCAAUCUAGCACCAGCUCCGUCCAUCACGCCCAGCUGUUUUUAUGUUUUCUUUAGAGCGGGACCAGUUUAAAGUGCCAUUCACUGUAUGGUUACAGCUAAAGUAGAUGAGUCAGAUCACAUGGACCAGCUAAUCCCUUCUUGACCUCGCCGUGCUUGAGAGCAGGCAGAAUGAACAGGCGCAGGAGCUACUUUGUGCAUGUUUGCAUCCAGGUAGUGUAACUCUUAUUUCCUCAUGGGGGAGUUGAGGUCCACCUCACCUUCGCCUCGUUUGGACCUGAACAACUUUGACUCGGCUGAAGCGGAGAGAAGUCGCUAUGUUUUAACGAGCCCCCGCUCGUUGCAGUCCUGCGCACGAGUCGGUAUCAAACCUGUUGAACUUCUAAUUAAAUCGCUAAACGAGCUGAUUGCUGAGCAGCAUGACGCGCCCUUCGAGGCGGUGAAAGUUAUGCAUGAAUCCUACGAAAAGGAGAGAAGGAAGGUUUUACAAAUGUGCCGAGAUGAGAGGGAGAGGAUUAUCCGGGCGGCCGGGGACAGGUGGCCAGACAGUAAGAAAGGCCUGGGAACGGUGCCUGACACCAAACUGAAGAAUGACCCUGCUGUGCGUGAGUCUAUUCCAUAUGCAGAUCUGUGUCUUAAAGGCAAAUCUGUGAGCAGGUCCUCCUGUCCUGGUCAAAGAGACCCGGACAGGUGCACAGUCUGCAGCUUCAGAGACCUCAGACACUCCCCAGCUACUGAGAUGAAACUGGAGAGGCUCACCAAUGACAUCAAAAAGAAGAUGUGUGUCACAAUACCAGAGAGAGACCGCAAGAUCGCAGCUCUCAUGCUGGUGAAGCACCAGGAGGAGCAGGACCGUGUAAAGCUCUGUCAGCAGGAGGAACAGGAGCGACAGGAGGCCCGCAGGCAGGAGGAGGCCCAGCGGGCUGAGGCAGAGAAAAAAAGGAGGAAGAGGCUUAAGCAGAGCAUGCAGCACUGGCAUGAGGAGCUGGAGGCCCGCAGGAGGCUGAGAGAGCGUCAGGAAAUAGAGAAAGCAGGACAACUCGAGCAGGAGGUGCUGCUGCAGGAGGACCGCUGGAGGAGGCUGAAGGAGGAGGUGGAGGCACAGCGCAGAGAGAAGAUGGAGGCUGCUCAGAAAGAGGCAGAGGCACGCAAAUGCUACCAGGAGAUGCUGCUGAGAGGCAAAAAGGAGGUGGAGAAAAGGGAGCAGGAGAGGGAGAGACAGGUAGCAGUGGAGAAGGAGCAGAAGGCCAGGAGGAGCAAAGUGCUGCAGGAGAAGAAGGAGAGGAGGAGGCUGCAGGAGGGGAAUCGUAAGGAGCUGCUACGACACAUCCUCCUGAAACGGCAGGUGGAGCAACAGGCUCAGGAGGAGGAAGCACAUAAGAGGAGCACACUUGAGAGGAAGCUGCAGCUCUCCAGCGAGAAACAUGCCCAGGCUGUAGGGGCUCGGCUGAGGGAGCUGCAGGAGCGGGCAGCACAGGAGGAGAAGCAGAUUCAGAGAGCGCAGCUGAGGGCCGAGCUGCAGAGCGUCCAGCAGCUCACCCACAAACAGCUCCUGGUCCAACUGAGCCAGCGUCGCAUUGAGAGAGCCGCCCAGCACGCCUCGGCCCAGCGAAGGGAGAGAGCUCAGCAAACACAUCAGCACAACAAACACAGGCAGCUCUGCCACCUGAGGCUCAGAGAGAAGAUGCAGAGAGAGGAGGAGGCAGUGAGAACGGUCAGAGAGAGCUACAUCACCAUGAAGGAGUGGAGGAGGGAGAGGCUGCGGAGACAGCGAGAACAUAUCCAGGAGGAGGCGCACAAGCUGGCUCGGGCCUCCUUUCAAAUGAGGGAGAGAGUGAGGCAGCAGACACAGAGUCGCACCUUUGAUCAGAUGGCUCUGGAAGCUCAGCUGACUGCUUCCAUUACUCGCAUGAAACUAUGAAAGAAAUGAUUAACUCCCAUCCUGACAUAAGAGAGAGUUGCCCACAUCAGCUCCUUCCUUGCAAUGCUUCAGUACAGUUCAGGUAUUAAUGAGUGACUCAUGCAGAGCUACUUAGAAUAGACGCUGCAGUAAGACUAAAUUCAGAGAUAUGAAAAGAAUACAGAAAAACAAAUCCCCCUAUUGGAAAGCUAACAAUACA